AUCGGCGCGGACUCCAGGACCACCACGGGCUCCUAUGUGGCUAAUCGAGUGACGGACAAACUGACGCCCAUCCACGAUCGGAUCUUCUGUUGCCGCUCUGGCUCUGCUGCUGACACGCAGGCCAUUGCUGAUGCCGUGGCCUAUCAGCUGGGCUUUCACAGCAUUGAGCUGGACGAGCCACCCCUGGUGCAUACGGCCGCCAGCCUGUUCAAGGAGAUGUGUUACCGCUACCGCGAGGACCUCACCGCUGGCAUCAUCGUUGCUGGCUGGGACAGGCGCAAGGGGGGACAGGUGUUCUCGGUGCCCAUGGGUGGGAUGAUGGUUCGCCAGCCUUUCUCAGUGGGUGGCUCAGGUAGCUCCUACAUCUAUGGCUUCGUUGAUGCCUCCUACAAGCCGGGCAUGAACCAGGAGGAGUGUCUGCGCUUCACAGCCAAUGCCCUAGCACUGGCCAUGGACCGGGAUGGCUCGAGUGGGGGGGUGAUCCGGCUGGCUGCCAUCACAGAACAGGGCGUGGAACGGCAAGUCAUCCUGGGAAACCAGCUGCCACGCUUCUCUGCUGCUUGACGGAGGACACCCUACACACCCUGUGCCACUGACUUAUUAAACUAUGGAACCCA